UUCGAGAAACUCACCACGGCAUUGUAUAAAAAGUGUCAUCCCACCCGGCCUCGCGCAUAGUUCAACUGAAAUCAUUCGAGUGUUUGGGCGCUCUAGCAAAGAGAGUUAAAUUUCCAACAGUGAAUUUGAGGCUUUUCCUGAAGGAUUUUCUCUGUGAAAAAGUGCUUAUUCAUUGAGUUGUUGAAGGAAUAUUUCAAUCAAGAUGACGGCGCAAAAUGAAGUGGAAACCUUCGCCUUCCAGGCUGAGAUUGCUCAGCUUAUGUCCUUGAUCAUCAAUACCUUCUAUUCCAACAAGGAAAUCUUCCUCCGUGAGCUGAUCUCCAAUUCUUCUGAUGCCCUUGAUAAGAUUCGCUAUGAAUCCCUCACGGACCCAUCAAAGCUGGACAGUGGCAAGGAGUUGUACAUUAAGAUCAUCCCCAACAAGACUGCCGGCACCCUCACAAUCAUUGAUACCGGCAUUGGCAUGACCAAGGCUGAUCUCGUGAACAAUUUGGGCACAAUCGCCAAGUCCGGCACAAAGGCCUUCAUGGAGGCCCUCCAGGCGGGUGCUGACAUCAGUAUGAUUGGUCAAUUCGGUGUGGGUUUCUACUCGGCCUACCUCGUGGCUGAUCGUGUCACCGUGACAUCCAAGCACAAUGACGAUGAGCAGUAUGUGUGGGAAUCCUCAGCUGGUGGCUCCUUCACCGUUAGCUCGGACAGCGGUGAACCCCUUGGGCGUGGCACAAAGAUCGUCCUGCACAUCAAGGAGGACCAAACGGAAUUCCUCGAGGAGAGCAAGAUUAAGGGUAUCGUGACGAAGCACUCGCAAUUCAUUGGCUAUCCCAUCAAGAUGGUGGUGGAGAAGGAGCGUGAUAAGGAGAUCAGCGAUGAUGAGGGUGAGGAGGAGAAGGAAGAGAAGGAGAAGAAGGAGGGUGAGGAGGAGGAGAAGAAGGACGAUGCAGAACCAAAAUUGGAGGAUGUUGAGGAUGAGGAGGAGGAUAAGGAGAAGAAGAAGAAGAAGAAGACCAUCAAGGUGAAAUACACGGAAGAUGAGGAGCUGAAUAAGACCAAACCCAUCUGGACACGCAAUGCUGAUGACAUUAGCCAGGAGGAGUACGGGGAGUUCUACAAAUCCCUCACAAAUGACUGGGAAGAUCAUCUAGCUGUGAAGCAUUUCAGUGUUGAGGGUCAACUGGAGUUCCGGGCGUUGCUCUUUGUACCCCGUCGCGUGCCCUUUGACCUGUUUGAGGCGAAGAAGAAGAAGAACAACAUCAAACUCUACGUUCGUCGUGUCUUCAUCAUGGACAACUGUGAGGAUCUCAUCCCGGACUACCUGAACUUCAUCAAGGGUGUCGUUGAUUCGGAAGAUCUCCCGCUGAACAUUUCGCGUGAGAUGCUGCAGCAAAAUAAGAUUCUCAAGGUAAUCCGGAAGAAUCUCGUGAAGAAGUGUCUGGAGCUGUUUGAGGAGUUGACCGAGGACAAGGAGGGCUACAAGAAGUUCUAUUCGCAAUUCAAUAAGAACCUCAAAUUGGGCGUGCACGAAGAUUCGCAGAAUCGAUCCAAACUCGCGGAUCUUUUGCGUUUCCACACAUCAGCUUCGGGGGAUGAGCACUGCAGCCUGGCUGACUAUGUGAGCAGGAUGAAGGAGAAUCAGAAGCACAUCUACUUCAUUACGGGCGAGAGUAAGGAGCAAGUUAGCAAUUCGGCCUUUGUGGAGCGCGUGAAGAAGCGUGGCUUUGAGGUGGUCUACAUGACUGAACCCAUUGAUGAGUAUGUUAUUCAGCAGCUGAAGGAGUACCAGGGUAAGCAGCUGGUGUGCGUGACAAAGGAGGGUCUGGAGCUUCCGGAAGAUGAUGAGGAGAAGAAGAAGCGCGAGGAGGAUAAGGCAAAAUAUGAGAAUCUCUGCAAAGUCAUGAAGUCCGUGCUGGAUAACAAAGUUGAGAAGGUUGUGGUGUCAAUUCGCCUCGUUGACUCACCCUGCUGCAUUGUCACGUCCCAGUACGGGUGGAGUGCAAACAUGGAGAGAAUCAUGAAGGCACAGACACUCCGAGAUGCCUCCACAAUGGGCUACAUGGCGGGUAAGAAGCACCUGGAAAUUAACCCCGAUCAUCCAAUCAUUGAGACUCUGCGUCAAAAGGCGGAAGCUGAUAAGAAUGACAAGGCUGUCAAGGAUCUCGUGAUCCUCCUGUACGAGACAUCCCUCCUGUCGUCCGGAUUCACCCUCGAUGAACCCCAAGUGCAUGCCAGUCGCAUCUACAGAAUGAUCAAACUCGGUCUGGGCAUUGAUGAGGAUGAACCAAUGGCUGCCGAUGAACCCCAAUCUGCUGGCGAUGCUCCUCCACUUGUGGAUGAUACAGAUGAUGCCUCCCACAUGGAGGAAGUUGACUAAACCUUCAUCCCCAUCAAUCCCUCCCAUCCACAGAAGCGACUGGAAUCGUGUGGGCUGCGUUGUAGUGGAUUCUUUCACCUUUCCGGUGCAUAGUAAUUUAAUUUAAUUUUCAUUCCCAACGCUCUCAUCUCUUUUUCUACUUAAUUAAUUAAUAAAAUAAUUAAUUAUGGCUUAAA